AUGCCGGAAGAAACACCGCUUUUACAAGAUCCUUCUGGAGGGUCUGCCGCCAUUGUGGCUCGCGAGCUUGCAAAGGAUAUUGAAGGCGAUCACACUGAUGAAUCGUCCCUGGCGUCUCUUGGGCAGUAUGGCGCCGUGGAGCUUCAAAAACCAGCAGGUGUGAUAUCACCCUCACAUCUAAAGAUUAUUCUGUAUUGCCUUUUUGUCAAUGUGUUCUUGUCCUCACUGGACGCUACCAUUGUGGCUACCUUGAUGAGUGUGAUCUCGAGCGACUUGAAUGAGCUUACCAACGGUUCUUGGCUGGCAACUAGUUAUUUACUAGCCUGUGCUGCCUUCCAGCCACUAUUUGGCAAAAUAUCCGAUAUCUUUGGCCGCAGAAGCAUUACCAUCAUUUGCACUGUGUUAUUUGGUUUUGGAUGUCUGCUAUGUGGAAUAACGAGCUCAUUCUGGGUUCUCGUCUUCGGAAGAUUCAUCACCGGUAUAGGAGGUGGUGGCUUCAACACAUUGUCAACAAUCACGUUAUCAGACGUGAUCGCUACUCGUCAAAGGGGUCUAUACCAAGGAUAUAUGAACAUUGCGUUUGGCUUGGGAACCGCAAGUGGUGGGGUUGUUGCUGGAUUUUUCCACCACUACUUUGGCUGGAGGUCAGCAUUUUUGGUCCAGGUGCCUAUCUGCCUCCUUUCCGCUGUGCUUGUUUUUUUCUUUCUGGAGCUACCAAAGGGUUCACCAGGCCGUGGACUGGAGGGCCACGGUGUUUGGAAAAAGCUGAAGACGAUGGAUUUUGCAGGAUCCUCACUUUUAGUGUCAUCAUUGUUGCUUCUGAUGUACGCAGCCUCUUCUGGGGGCAAGGAAUUCGCCUAUUCAAGUCUAGAGUUCAAAGUUUUAUUGGCCACGGGUACCAUCCUUCUGACUCUCUUCUACUUCUAUGAACUGAAAGUUGCAACCGAACCUGUGAUUCCCGUCCAGCUGCUGGCAAACAGGACGGUCCUUAGCUCCUCAUUGAAUUGCUGGUUCACUUCAAUGAAUGUUUUUUCUAUCAUCUACUAUGUGCCUUUCUACUGGCUUUCAGUGAAGAAUAUGACAGCCAUGGAGAGCGGAUUACGUCUUCUUCCAGCUGCAGUGGCUAUUUCAGGGGGGUCACUAUACGCAGGUUACAGAAUCAAAAGAACUGGAAAGUAUAGAGUUGCGAUGCACACGUAUGGUCUUCUUGCAAUUUUAGGAAGCACGCUUGUGUACUCGCUCACGCCAAAUACCAGCUCGGUUUUCGAGUAUGCAGUGCUAGUACCAUCAAGAUUUGGUACUGGUGCCGUGAUCACUGUCGACCUGAUUGCCAUGAUAUCCUCUGUCACUGCAAGAGAGCAGGCUCUCGUGACCUCGAUCCAGUACGGAUUCAGAUCUACAGGAUCAACAAUUGGCGUGGCAAUCGCGUCUGCAAUUCUGCAGGGCUUCUUAUCACGCGAUUUGCGCCGCAAUCUUUCUAAUCUCAGCAACGUGCCUCCAGAGUUCGACUCUCCUGAAAAAAUCGCUCAGAUAAUAGAAAAAGCGUUGCACAGCACCACUUACGCCCAUACAAAGUGUCCAGAAUUUGCUCGCAAUGCGAUAAUCUCAGCCUACGACUCAUCCUCCCACGCUGUCUUCAUCUAUAUUGUGACCACGGCCAUCGCAGCAACGGCAAGUACUUGGUUUAUCGAGGAAAACAGUCUCGAAAAUAGAUAA